CUUGUCACAUUUAUAUUCAUAUAAACUUACAUCUCCAAAGUAACGAAAUUACACUGUUUCUCCAAAAUGGCAUCUCAUGGUUCAUGUCCUGUGAUAAAAAAUAUCCUUCUUUUAGACUCUGAGGGAAAGCGUGUUGCAGUCAAAUAUUUUUCAGAUGACUGGCCAACAAACAGUUCAAAACUAGCUUUUGAGAAAUUUGUGUUCAGUAAGACUCUUAAGACAAAUGCUCGCACAGAAGCUGAAAUAACAUUACUAGAGAACAAUAUCAUUAUUUACAAAUUUGCACAAGACCUCCAUUUCUUUGUUACCGGCAGCGACGAUGAAAAUGAGAUCAUUUUAGCUUCAGUUCUUCAGGGCUUCUUUGAUGCAGUCACCCUUCUGUUGAGGAAUAAUGUUGACAAAAGAGAGGCACUUGAGAACUUGGAUCUCAUUCUAUUAUGCCUUGAUGAGAUUGUUGAUGGAGGGAUGAUACUCGAGACAACGGGACCACUAAUUGCAGAAAAAGUUACCUCCCACACCAUAGAUGCUGAAUCCCCCUUGUCUGAACAGACACUAACUCAAGCAUGGGCUACAGCUAGAGAACAUUUGACAAGAACCCUUUUAAAAUGAUGUUUGAAUGGAUUAGAGAGAGUUUUGUUAUAUUUGAAGGAUUUUCUACCUAGACAAUUAGUUGUAUCCUCUCAUUUGUUGUAAGCUUCAUUGUUAAGUUGGUAUGGAGAGAGCAUCAUAUCAUAAAAACUUAUCUAGGUUUGUUUUUAUUCUGUUGUAGUUCUGGUUUUGUUUAUCAAAUACUUGAAAAGAUUUAUUUAUCUUAAAUAACUACUUUGCACCCAAAUGUAUGGCGUUGUCCAAUAUCAGUUCACUCCUUUAUUUGUUCAAUGUAAGUUUAAUGAAUAGAGGAAAUUGU